AUGGCAUCUUCUAACAAUACAAAUAAUCAUUACGCUCUACGCAUUGUCGUCUUAACGUUCAACAGAGCAGCGUCACUUCUCAGACUGCUGAAUUCAAUAAACGAAGCUGUCUAUUACUCGGAUGCUAUUAAGUUAGAAGUUUGGAUUGACAGGUCAGAAGACGGACUUGUUGAUAAUUUAACAACGAAAACCGCGCAAGAAUUUGUAUUCAAAUAUGGAGUUUAUGAUGUUAUUGUAAGGCAACAACACGCCGGAAUAUACGGCCAAUGGCUGACUUCCUGGAAACCAAUCAAAAACAUGUCAGAGAUUGCGGUUAUACUUGAGGAUGAUUUAACUGUUUCUCCGUAUUUUUACAAGUACUUGAAAGCCGUUCAUAGAAAAUAUGACAAUAUUCCUGAGGUAAACGGAUACGCGUUGCAAGGAUAUUCAAUAAAACACCACAUCACUGACAACACAGUCCUUGACGGACCUGCUGGUAGUUUGGUAUACCUUUAUCCCGUUCUAGGGACAUGGGGUUUUUCUCCGGUUACAAAUAACUGGAUAGAAUUUUUAAAAUGGUUUUACUCGCUGCGUGGCCGGACUAAUAUUCAGCCGUACGUUCCAGGAAAUAUUGCAUCAAACUGGUACAUUUUCUUCCAGAGACAACGAAAGGCUGAUAGUAUGUGGGAAAUGUGGCAUAUAUAUUAUGCGUGGCUGAAUAAGGAGUUUACACUUUACUCUAAUUUCCCUGGACAUGCUGGACUCAGCAAUAGCUGGAGGGAAGCAGGUCUACAUUAUACCUCAAACGAAGGUCCUUCAAACAAGCUUCUUACAGAGUGGAAGGCAGAGUACGACAAUCUGCCAGAGAGACCACUUCACGUAGAUAUUGCUGGGAAGCUGUUAAUGAAUAGUACAAAUGAAUCGAUAAAAAGACAGUUCUGGAAGAAUAAAAGAAUUCCAUCAGUUUGA